CAGAUGCACCGCUUGAAAAAACUUUUAUGUUAUAAAGUGUUCGAUCCAGAAAUCCAGAUUUUUGACAGCCCACUGACCAGCCGAAAUGACCAAUCCAGAAUCCAGUGUAAUUAGUGAAGUAAAAUUAUUAUUAAUUAAAACUUUUAAGUCCGGAAGCCCAAAUUUUAAACCAGAAUUGAGGCCCUUGGAGUUGGGAUUCUCUAAUUUAAAUUAGAAUCGUCUAAUCCUAAUGCAUAGACCUAAAUUCAUUUGGUUGGUAAGGAAAACUGCAAAUUAACCAAACAAAUCUAGAAAAAUUAUUUUGAGAGCUACUGAAAUUGAUGUAUUAUUUAGAUUAUCUGGUUUUUCAGAGUACAAUUAAUAGUUUCAGAACAAAUGGUGUUGAAGUUUGCUUUUAAAAAUGAGGAAACUCAAACAAAACAGGCAUUUUUUCAAUUGUAAAAAGUAAAUUGCCAACUAUUGUAUUAGGAUUUGACAUCUGGAAUAGAAUAAGAGCAUGGGGGAGUGAUUCCUCCCAAGACGUUAAUAUGGUAAUGAUGAAUUCUGAUAAAGCUGGUUUCAGACGCAAGCCAGAUCCAGCCUCGUCAGCUAAUAUUAUCCAUCCUAUUAAUGAGGGCGCAAUUGCUUUGCAGCAAAAGUCAAUCUCUGAUGAGUCCCCUAAUUUUUUAUUAUACAAAAAGAUGGAAAAAAUCAUUGAACAAAUGCAGGAUGAAAAUACUGGAGUUCCUGUGCGGACAGUAAAAUCAUUCAUGUCAAAAAUACCAUCAGUUUUUACAGGUUCAGACUUAAUUUUAUGGAUGACCAAAAAUUUAGAUUUAGAAGAUCAGCAGGAAGCUUUACAUUUUGCUCAUCUAAUAGCUGCUCACGGAUAUUUUUUCCCAAUAGAAGAUCAUAUGCUGACAGUUCGAAAUGAUGGCACUUUCUAUAGAUUUCAAACACCAUACUUUUGGCCCUCAAACUGUUGGGAACCUGAAAAUACAGAUUAUGCUGUCUACCUUUGCAAACGAACCAUGCAAAAUAAAACCAGAUUAGAGUUAGCCGAUUAUGAAGCUGAAAAUUUGGCCAGAUUGCAAAAAAUGUUUUCAAGAAAAUGGGAAUUUAUUUUUAUGCAAGCAGAAGCUCAGAGUAAAGUCGAUAAAAAACGCGAUAAACUGGAAAGAAAAGUGUUGGAUAGUCAAGAGAGGGCUUUCUGGGAUGUACACAGACCCAUGCCUGGAUGUGUCAACACCACGGAAAUAGAUAUUAAAAAGGCCUGCCAAAUGAAUAAACCGAACAGAGCAAUGAAGAACAAGCAAAAUAAUCCUGCCAAAAUCUUAUUCAGUUUAAGUGGAUCACAACCCAAAAACUCGUCCGAGCAGCUUAAGAAACAAAUUACCGUACUUAAAACUCAACUAGAAAGAAGAAACAUAAAAGUAUCAAAAGCUGCAGAGACAUUUAUCUCUUAUUACGAGCAGUAUUUGGAGUAUGAUCCAUUUUUUGUUCAGCCUGAAUAUUUAAAUCCGUGGAUCUUUGAUAGCACGGAACUAUGGGAACAGGAUAAAAUGUCUAAGGAAGUGUCUGCUAGGCGAGUUAAAAGAUGGGCAUUUAGUCUACAGGAAUUAAUAGCAGAUCCGAUAGGAAGAGAGCAUUUUGAAAAAUUUCUUGAUAAAGAAUUUAGUGGCGAAAAUCUAAAGUUUUGGGAGGCCGUUCAAGAACUUAAAUGUUUACCUCAAAGUCAAGUUCAGCAAAAAGUAUCGGAUAUUUGGGACUACUAUUUGGCUUCGGAUGCAAAAUGCCCUAUAAAUGUUGAUUCACAUUCUUAUGAACUGACCAAAAAAUGUAUGGAGAAUCCUGACCGAUGGUCUUUCGAUAAUGCUGCAGCACAUGUAUAUCAGCUUAUGAAAAGUGAUAGCUACUCAAGAUAUUUGCGUUCAGAGAUGUAUAAAGAUUUUUUAAAUGGAUCCAGAAAAAAGACCUCGGUAAAAGGAAUACGUUCGAUAGUAUCAUUUUCGGCAAGAAAGGAUAAUGCUACAUAGUUUAUUAGAAAUAAAAAUAGACAUUACACUAAAUUUACUUAAGUUUAAAAUGUAUAAGAAGACUAACGACAAUACAACAUUUAGGCGUACCGGAAAUUAAAAAUAUAAUAAUGAAGGAUUAUUCAUGGUCGACGGUAGGUUGAACUUGUUUCUUCUCAAUUGCUUUCAAAACAAAAUAUGCAUUGUUGUUAAUAAAGCUUGACAAGUUGCAUAUUGAAGCUGACAGUUGUAACUAAAAUAAAGGUGUUACAAAAACUGUUUCAGUUAGUAUAUAUAACAAAAAAUCAAGCUAAAAAUAGCCAAUCAUAAAAAAAACAGGUAAAACAAUCACUCUCGUGAAGGGUCAUAAAAUAUACAAUAUAAAAAAUUUUAGUACCAUAAAACAAUAAAAUUAUAGUGCUAUACUAAGAAAAAUACAUGAAUACAUUGAAAUAAAGAUAACGUAAUUAAAUUUGAAAGAUGUGAAUUGCAAACCUAUUAAUUAAUUUGUAUUAAAAUAUUUCAGAAAACUAGUCUGGGACAGUAGCCCUUUUUUUAACAAAAGAGCUUUGGUAGAGCACCUAAAUGCCAAACUGUUGUUACUUUGGCGUAUGGAUAAGGGUAGAUGAUUGAACAUUUUCUUUCCAUUGUACACCACUGAUUUUUUUACUUGUUCAGACCGGGGGAUUGAUAUACUUGAUAUACUAUUGAUUGACAAUCUGAUAUAAGCGGCAUGCCGGGUAUUAUAACCUAUAUUCUCCACAUUUUAGUUACCCGAGAGUUCACCAAGAACAGUUUGUUAUGUUUGACUUUAGAUCUCUGUGAUACAGUUUGUUGCUGUUGUAAUGUGUCCGUUCGACACAAUAAAAACGUUAGGAGGAUUAAUAAAAUAUUUUCUAUUUUAAAUUAAUACAAUAUAUUUUAAAGAGGGGAUUUUCAUCAAAAGUCCAAACAGUCAUAUAGCAGAUAAAAUGCUUAUAAAAUUAAGUUUUCAUUCGUUACAGUUAAAAAUUGACAAAAUGUGAAACAUUACAGAUAAAAAUUUCAUUUAAAGUACCCGUCGAAUCAAAAAGACCCUUUUUAAUUAAUUUUUGUACUUAAUCAAGUUAAAAGCUUCUAGGAUUUAAUUAAUAAGUACCUUAAGACUCUUCUAGAUCUCUCAGGACGGCCAAAAUCUAGUACAAGAUUGCUAUAUAUGCACGGCAGUUGUGCACAUCUUUAUGUGAAUUAUAUAAGUCUAGAUUUGGUUACUGUGCAGCAAACACUGCAUAACAUACAUACAGGGAAGAGCGGAAAGGAUUCGUAAGUUCGAAAUCCAUAUUUUAAGAAGUGAACCAUCUGAGUACACAACAAUGAAACUAGGAUUUCAGCUUUAGUUAAAUAUUGUGGUAUAAGUGAUUAUUUAACUGCCUUGUUGAAAGAGGUGUAUCGCGGUUUUCUAACUAUUCAAGCAUCCAUUGUAAUAGAUUAUUUUCUGAGAUUUUGAUAAACCGAAGGCUGAUUAUAUUCAUAGAAAGUUGCGUCAUCAGCAAAUAACUCGCCCUCAUCCUGAGAACAUGUUAGAUCAUUAUAUAAAUGACAAACAGCAUGAGGCUAACUACUGAUUAUUGAAGAACUCGAUAGUUCAAAGUUAUCCCCAAUCUCUGGCUUUCCUGGCCUUUUAAGAUAUUAAGGGUUGUAUUUAAAUUCUCCGCCCAUAAAGAGGGUUAAUAUAAUUUGAUUGAUAGACUUUAUAUGUGAUUGCUCUAUGAAAAGAAAAUUGAAGUUUCGUGGAGGUGGUAUUUUCAUUGCUGUGAAGGAUAUUUCUCAGCUCCUCAUAGAAAUUUUAAUUAUUACAAUAAUGGUGGAUUACUUGAUUUUAUUUACAAAAGAUUAACCUACAUUCGACUGAAUAAACUGAUAUGUAAUUACAUGUACAGGAUGGUUCAGUUGCAACAACGUUAAAUCAUUAAUCGUAUAUCUAAUAAAUUAAUAUUUACACGCUACGAGUCUCUGCGCUAAGUGGAUGAUAACCUUCUUGCUAUCAAAUUAACUUUUUUUAAGUUCCUUUAGUUGCAAUGGCAUCACAUUAAAAUUAAACUUAAGGAGCAAAAAAGACAAUCACUUUUUUUUUGCUUCUGUGCAUUUCAUAUUAUCACUUAAUCUGAAAAAUAUUUCCAGAGAAGAUACUAACUGAUAAUAUAGUUGUAGGUAAAAUAAACUAACAGCUUUAAAUAUAAUAUAAGUAGACAUAAAUUAUGCAUAUAAUACGUAUUGAGGAGUUUUAGAUGGUCAUUGCUUGUAGAUAAUAUCUAUAUGCUACAGUGCUUGUUAUAUUUUCAAAUAAAAACAUAUCACUUAAUUUUUAAAAAUGCGCUGAACCACCCUCAAUAUAAAAUAAACAUGUUUUAAAUAUUAUUUUAGCUGUAAUGUACAAAUAAGAAACUAUCUUGUUAGUUGCUGGAGGAGUUCCGCAUGAAUUAUAUGAUUUAAAAGUUAGUGUAACCCUAGAUAAAAAUAUCAAAAAUACGUCCGAGUAUUUUUUUUCCAGAAAAAAAAAACAAAUUAUAUAUGAAGCUCGACGUUUCGUUUUCAUUUGGUCACCCUGUGUAUCUUUAGAUAACUUAUAUAGCAAGCUAUACUACUCACUGUAGAAAUUAGACCAUACAAAAUAUAUGUCUUUCUGAAAAUAAUUGUAGCAUGUAGGCUAUUUUUUGUAACUAAAGCAGAUAAAAUACAUUUAUUUAACUAAUUUAAUCAAAUGAAUUAUUAUAUAAUUAGCAUAUAGUAGUCAUUGUAUAUUAAUCAGCUUUAACAGAUAGGCUAAUUUUGUGUGUAUUUUUCCCGCUACAAUUAAAAACAGAGCUAGACCAAAGUUACAAUAAAGUA